AUGUCAGUCUUGCGUCCCGGACCCCUCCUCCUGCUGCUGUCGGGGACCCUGGCCCUGAGACCAGGACGGAUGAGUGCGGGGUCGGGAGAGAAAACGCCUCAGCGUGGGCGGAGGCAGGGGACCGCUAGACGGAAGGGCUGCUCCACCGCCUCGGACCCAGAGCUCUCACCUCCGCCUCACCCACCCCUUGGUCCCGACUCUUCUCCAACCUGCCACCCCUCUUCCGUCCCACAAGCCCCCUCGUCCGUGCCCUCCCGGCCGCCUCCCCCUAGGACCCGGGCCCCACGCCGAGAGGAGGGUCGGGAGGGGUCUCACCCCUCCGCGCCCACAGGCUCUCACUCCCUGAGGUAUAUCCACACCGCGGUGUCCCGGCCGGGCCGCGGGGAGCCCGGGUACUUGGAAGUCGGCUACGUGGACGACAAGCAGUUCGUGCGGUUCGACAGCGACACCCCGAGUUCGGUGAUGGAGCCGCGGUUGCAGUGGGUGGACCAGGAGGGGCCGGAGUAGUGGG